CGGCAGUCAGAUGUGUUUUCAACUCUGCUUCACGAAACUUCAGAUCUGCGUUGAUGUCCGCCGCAGCAACCCUGAAUUUCAGAAGCAUGCCGCAAUUUCUCAUUGUAAACUAUGCAGCAGCUGACCAUCACGACAAAGAUGCACUUUUCGAAAUGUCCUAAGUUUCAUAUUUAGCAAAAACCUAUCAUUCCCCCCCUCCAUUCAUUUACAAUGCCUAAAUUUCUCUUGGUGCGUAUCUUCCAAAAACCAAGGACCAAAUACCUGAUUUCGAUUGUUGUUUUGGUGUUCGUUUCCAUCGCAAUCCUCUACCACAGCGUCGGAAAUAAACAGAAUCCAACCCCGGCAUCGCGGCUGGAAAGCAGAGAUUCGGAAAUAUCUGUGCAACUCGUCGAGCAGAUAGAUGCAGAAGUGGAGAUCGUCAAAGUGAAAUCGCGCCAAAAUCUGCCCUGCGAUCCUUUGCCCCCGCUCAGAAAUGUCGACAUAAACACCCCCGACGUGUACCCGACCUUGAACUUCAAGCCCCCAUAUCGGAGCUAUUGGAACUACACCUUCGAAAGGAGGUACCUCAAAGUCAAGGAAAACUGGAAUAAAUUGCCUUUACAAGUGAUAAUCGUCCCCCAUUCUCACAAUGAUCCGGGAUGGCUGAAGACGUUCGAUGGCUACUUCAUAGCUUUCACGGCCCACAUACUGAAUAACAUGGCCGAUAAACUGGCCAAGUAUAAGGACAUGACUUUUGUGUGGUCAGAGAUCUCCUUUUUCUCCAGGUGGUGGAACAGUUUGAAAAAUCGUCCACAUCUUCGAGACCAAGUUCGGCAAUUCCUCCGAAAAGGGCAAUUGGAAAUCCUGACAGGCGGCUGGGUCAUGACAGACGAGGCGGCUGCUCACAUCUAUGGCAUGGUGGAUCAACUCAUCGAAGGUCACCAGUGGAUGAGAUCGAACCUCGGCAUAGCUCCACGCUCUGCCUGGUCUGUGGACUCCUUUGGGCAUUCAUCAACUGUGGCUUACAUGUUGCGCGCUGCUGGUAUGCACAACAUGGUCAUACAACGAACGCACUACGCCUGGAAAGCAUACCUUGCAGAGAAGCGUCAGCUGAAUUUUUGGUGGAGGCAAGAAUUCGAUAAUCUCUCGCCCAGCAAUCACACUGCAGAUAUCAUGUGCCAGAUGAUGCCAUUUGAUUUGUAUAGCAUUAAACAUUCUUGCGGACCUGAUCCAGAUGUUUGCUUACAAUUUGAUUUCAGGCGAAUACCGGGUGAAUACUCGGAAAGUCGGGCAUCUCCUAUCACACCUGAAAAAUUGGCUGAAAAAUCAGAACUGCUGUUGGGUCAAUACGGCAGGAUUGGCUCACUAUUUCCCCACAAUGUCGUUUUGAUUCCUUUGGGUGAUGACUUUCGCUACAAUCACGACACUGAAUGGGACCAGCAGUACGAGAAUUACGCUAAAAUCAUGGAAUACAUCAAUUCGAGAACCGACUGGAAUGCAAACGUAAGGUUUGGAACUCUUCGCGAUUAUUUUAACGCAGUUCAUAAGAGGAUGCAUUCCAUCGGAUACGAGAACAUUCCGAGCCUUACUGGGGACUUCCAUACUUAUGGAGAUAUAUAUGGAGAAGGACAUCCUUCGUAUUGGAGUGGAUAUUUCACUACACGCCCGUACUGGAAACACAUGUGUAGAGAUCUACAACAUUGGUUAAGAGGAGCUGAAAUUUUAUAUUCUUUUUCGAGGGCCUUUGUUGUUCAGAAUAACCUUCUCCAUCUUUUGCGGCGAUUAGAUCAAGAUUACGCGUAUUUGACUCUUGCCAGAGACAGCUUAGGCUUGUUUCAACAUCAUGAUGCGAUUACUGGAACAUCCAAAGAAGCAGUGACAGCUGAUUAUGGAAUGAGGCUCUUCAGAGGAAUAAAAGAAUCAAAGGGUAUCAUUGCUCAUUCGGCAUUAUAUAUGAUGGCAGAGGAAGCAAUCAAACGGUCUGUGGACCUUCGCCCAGCACACCCUUUGACUUCUUAUCUUUAUCCGGACGUCGAUCAAACACAAUAUGACAAAUUGCCGGAAAAAGUUCCUCUCAGUAUUCCAUCGCAAGGUAGGAAAGUUGUUAUCUUCAAUUCAAAGGCUCGUCGUGUCAUUGAGCCCAUCAGAUUACGGGUUGGUAGUGCCUUUGUAAGAGUUGUGGGUCCUGACGGAGAAGAAAUUCCUGUACAAGUGAACCCAGCUUGGAAUGGUUCUGUUGCAGUCUUGGGCGACGUUUUUGAGCUUCUGUUCUUAGCUGAACUUCCUCCUCUGUCUUUGAAUACUUUCACUGUAGUGCCAACUGAUCGGGCGCCACGUCCGCGAUCGCAAGUCGCCAUUACUCUGAAUGAUGCCUUCGCCAAGCAACCGCAUAGUUCCAUUUUCUCGUUUCAGAGCCCAUCAGAUGUUGAUAUAGAACUAGUAUCUCCGUUUAUUACCGCCAGGUUUUCCAAGCAGAGUGGCUUGCUUCAGAGUAUUGAGCUCAAGGAUUUCAAUGUCAUUAAUAAAGUCGCACUCGUUCUGCAAGCUUACAAAUCUGAAGAAUUCAGAAGUGGUGCUUACUUAUUCCAUCCACUCACAACUGAUCCGGUGCAAAACAUAUCUGGCCGGUUUCCCAUCAUUCGUAUUGUCAGGGGACCAAUCUGUUCUGAAGUGACUGCCGUUUACUCAAAUGUUGUUAUGGUCACUCAGAGGAUUUAUCAUAGUUCCAGUCCACUGGGCUACGGCGUCGAACUGGAAGUCGAAUCGGAUAUCGCACAACUAUUAGAUGUCAAUCUGGAAUUAUUCAUGCGCAUUAAAUCUGAUAUCAAAAGCGGUAAUACGUUUUACACUGAUGCCAAUGGCUUUCAGAUGAUUAGACGGAAAACGCUAAAUUAUCUCCCUUUAGAAGCUAACUACUAUCCAGCUACGUCAUCUGUUUUUCUCGAAGAUGAACAGUCUCGUCUUACCGCGCUGCUAUCUCAUGCACAUGGCGUGGCAAGUGUAAGUCCUGGUUGGAUGGAGUUUAUGCUGGACCGCAGACUGAGAGGUGAUGAUAGUAGGGGACUGGGCGAAGGAGUCAUGGACAACAAGCGCACCUUGGCUCAGUUUUGGUUGCUAUUGGAAGCAAUGAAAGAAAGGGGAACUGAUGAAGUUCCCACACUGUCCCUCAAUAGUCAUAUUUUGUCAUCCCUAAUUGCCAAUCCUCCCAUAGUAGUAGCCACGCAUAGUUUCGAGCAAAGGAACUUGAAGUCGAGAAUAGACUUUCUUGAAUCUUCCUUCCCUUGCAAUGUGGAACUGUUCAAUUUGAGAACAAUACCUGCUCAAGAUGACUUUGAUGUCCCUUCCAACAGCAGUUUGUUGAUUGUGCACCAUAAAGGCAUCAGUUGCAGGGUAAAAAGUUGGAAUGAGGAAUCUUGCUCUAGUCACAAAGAAAAUAAUAUAAAGCUUGAUUUUAAAACAGUGCAAUUGUCAUCAAUACACAAAACAUCCCUAACAGGGAUUGUGUCUGAAAGUAGCAUUCGAAAUAGUACUACAGUUCAACUCAGUCCCAUGGAACUGACAUCUUUUAAUGUUACAUUUCGAACUUAAUUACAUCAGUGGGUUUGGAAAAGUGUUCUUGAAAUAGAAAAUGGCUCAUGGUAUUUAUAAAAAGAUUUUUACAAAACAGGACCAAAGUUUUUGUUACUAAGUUGUAAAGGAAUAAAAAUUCGUCUAAAAUAGAUGCAUAUUCUUAAGCAUAGGAGCAAGCGUUCUCCAGCUAUUAGCUACCUGCUUUGAAAUGUCAAAUGCCCUUAUAAUCAUUUUUACUACAAGACUGGAUACUAUCAAUGUUUUAAGCAUUUUAUAGUUGUUAAUGAGAAAUCUGUUUAUUCACAUAACUAAACCUUUUUACAAGUGAUGAACUGUACUAGUUUUAAAUAUUGCCUUUUUUCAAUUCUGUGAUAGUGUCAUUUAUGCUUUUUUUUAAAGUGCAUGUAUAAAUAGAAAUUUAAGAGGCAUCUAAUGACUCAUAUCUACUGCUUUGAUAUUAAUAAUACUAAACUAUUUUAAAAGGCAAAUUUAUGUUUAAUGCAAAGAGAAUAAGAUUAUUAACAAUUUGCUUUUUAGAUAUACAGUAUGAAUUAAAAAAAAUAUUGACUUUAUAAAGAAAAUUAUUAGUUGAUUUUAUCGCUUAGCAACAUUUUGUAAUUUGUAAAUAAUGGACAAGUUUACUUAAUUUUGCAAAAAGUUAGCAAUUUUAGGAAAAAGUUUCAUAUUUUUCAGAACGAGAAUGUACGAUAGCAACUAUUUAUUUCCCCAUUAGGGACUUUUUAAGAUUUUUUUUUUUUUCGUCUGUAUCAGAUUAAACUAUUCAUGUUAUACAUGAUAACAAGGCUGUCAAAGUUUUAGAGCAUAAACAGUCACUGCUGGCCAUGUGGCAGUUUAUAUUUAUUAUGACUGAUUUGCAAACUUAAGUGUCAGAAUUAUGAAAUAUGUCAUGAUGUAAUUUAAAAAAAUGUGUUUAUUUAUAGUCGUGAAAAUAAAAUCUUUUCUAC